AUGAGACAACAGGUGAACCUGUGGCGGGGACUAACAGUCGCAGUUGCAGCGUCCGUCGUCCUGUGGGCGUACUAUCUGUUUUCGUGUGUUGACGUGUCCUACAACCCUGUGAUGACGACGAAGUCCAACUUGACCAACACAAUAUCCCGCCUCUGCCAGUGGCGACCUUUUGGCGAUCGAUCAGUGAAAUCGAUAUUAUCGGAUCGCGAUGACGUAAUUCUGGGACAGUCCUGUCGGAAGAAGACAAACUUCGUUUUCAUCAAAGUCCACAAGGCUGGAGGAACGGCCAUGUGUCAACUCUUCUACAGAUUUGGGCUGCGGCAUGGCCUCAACUUCGUCCUCCCCAAUGGAAGCAGCGAUACUACGUGGUUCAAUCUAGGCUGGCCAUACCCGCUGAAAGAGAGUCAGUACAUGAGGCGGAUUAACGACGAGCCCUUCAACAUCCUGACAAACCACGCCGUGUACCGCCGGGACGUGUUUCACAGCAUCAUGCCGAACGACACGGUUUACCUCGCCAUCUUACGGGAACCCUUCAGUCAUCUGAAGUCAGCUAUGAACUACUAUGCUUUACCAGGAAAGUAUAAGUUGCCAAGGAAGAAUACACUCACAGCAUUUCUACGACAACCAAGCUUCUACGAGGACCCGUGGAGAAAUAGAAUGAGGCAACCGUUUUCGCACACAAACCUGAUGUCUUGGGACAUGGGUAUUAAUUUUUCGGCGCGCUUGGAUGCCGAGUAUGUAGAAGCGUACGUGACCCGACUGGAGCGGGAGUUCAUGCUUGUUCUGAUCCUGGAGUACCUGGACGCGUCGCUAGUCCUGCUGAAGAGGUACAUGUGCUGGGACAUGGUGGACAUCCUCUACAAGAAACGUGGACCCCAAAGCUAUAGACUAAAAAACGUGACUGCCACCCCGGAGCUCCGAGCGCAGCACGAGAACUGGAGCCGAGCAGACUACAUCCUGUACCGCCACUUCAACACGUCUCUCUGGGAGAAAAUCAACCGAGAAGGGAGAGACUUCUGGGCAGAGGUACGGACUUUCAGGGACAUGCACGAGCGGACGAGGAGGUUCUGUCACCCCAGGGAGCGGAGCGACAACCAGUCGGCGCGGCUGGAGUUUGGACCGACCCCGUGGAGCCGGCGGUUCCACGUCGACUACCAGUUCUGCCGGCUCCUCCGCUCCCGGUACGCGUGGAUGAGAAAUCGGGCUCACGUUCUACGCGAAAAGAGAUUAAGUAGACUGCAAGGCAGAAGGGCGCCACAAAACGUAACCAAGGAAGUUUAA